AGAAAAGGACAUCUGGUCUUCUUGUCUUUGACUCUCUCUCUCUCUAACAUUGAUCUAUCUCUCUUUUGAUGAAAUUUUCUUCACUCACAAGGUAAUCAUCAUUUUAUGUAUGAGAAAUAUAUAUGUAUUCUUUUGCUUCCACUUCACAUAAUCCCCUUCCUCUCUCUCUCUCUCUUUCUCUCUCUCUAAUCAUUAAUGUCCAUCUUCUUCUAUAUAUGUAUCAUCAUCUCCAUUUUCAUCACAGUCCCCAUCAAUGCCAGUUGGAGCUGCUGCCCCUCCCCCAAAAACCUUUAACUAAUACUACAAUCUAUCCCUCCUCCAUCAUCAUCUCCAUAACAAAUAACAACCACAAUCCAUCAGAUCAGAUCAGAUCAAUUUAGUGUCAUCAUGAGGAAGCCUUCAACAGCAGCAGCAGAUCCUCAUGGACAUGGAGGUGCAUCAACAAUGGCGGAGAAGGGCAAUGUGAAGACAACGAAGCUCCGCAAGGGGCUGUGGUCGCCGGAGGAAGACGAGAAACUGAUGAAUUACAUGAUGAUCAACGGACAAGGUUGCUGGAGUGACAUUGCCCGGAACGCCGGCCUCCUCCGCUGCGGCAAGAGCUGCCGCCUCCGGUGGAUCAACUACCUCCGCCCCGACCUCAAGCGCGGCGCCUUCACCCCCCACGAAGAACACCUCAUCCUCCAUCUCCAUUCCAUUCUCGGAAACAGGUGGUCUCAGAUUGCUGCAAGACUUCCAGGUAGGACUGACAAUGAAAUAAAGAAUUUCUGGAACUCCACUAUAAAGAAGAGGCUGAAGAACAGCACGAGCAUGAACACAAACACGAACACGACUGCUUCGUCAGCGUCGCAGUCCCCGGACAACAGUGAAUCCUCAGACAUCAACAACCCUACCAACACCACCAUCACCACCAACAACAUUAAUGCUGCAGUCUUCCUGCAAGAAUUCGACGUAGCUCGGGUAUCGAUAGAUUCCUCCUCUUCUUCUAAUUGUUCAUCAAUGCAUCAGGCUCCAAACAUGCCCUUCCCCACCCAAUUCACAAACCCUAAUUUUGAUUACAACAAUUCCAUUGCCUACAAUCAUAACAUUUUCGACACGAUGGAGCCCCCACCUUCUUCUUCUUCUUCGGGUACACUGUUCAAUCAAUUAGGGUUUGGGAUUGGGGAAUAUGGGGUGAUGGAGCCAACCCUUGUGGGAUUGGAGAAUGAGAAUUUUGUCCAUGGAUUGGAGGGGAGUGGGGUUGGGAUUGGGGAUGGAUUAGGGUUAGGGUAUGAGGUUGAAGACAAUCUGAUCACCAAUUAUAAUAACUAUAAUAAUCUUUUGGACAAGAAAUUCAUCAAUGGUGGUAGUGAUGUGAAUUGCAACAAUAAUAGCAACCAAUAUUUUUUGAAUAACAAUGUGAAAGUAGAGGGAUUAGGUUUUGGGAUUGGGAUUGGGAAUAAUAAUAAUGAAUGGGAAGGAUCAGAAGAAAGCUUCAAGAUUGGGGAAUUAAAUUGGGAGGGUUUGUUGGCUAAUGUCUCUUCUAUACCUUUUCUUGAUUAGUUUCCAAACCCCUUCAAUAAUCAUCUCUUUCUCUCUCUCUCUCUCUCUCCCUCUCUCUCUCUCUAAAAUUGUUACUUGGCCAUUUGUUUCAAAGCUAAAAACCCCUGAAAUUUCAAUUUCUUGUACUAUGGCAACCAUUCAUUUCAUUUUCUCCUUAGCUUAAUUCCUCUCCAUGAAAUAAGUAUCGGUGGACAUUGGUGAUCGAUUGAUCGAUGUAAUUAGCUAUAGAUGAGAGACCUUUAAUUUUGGCUAUGUACAUUUCAUGUGUACAAAAUGUAUUGUACUUCAAGAGGUUAAAUGGCCAAUAUGCAAGAUGUGAAUAGUGAUAAAUGUAAUGGUAGAUGGGGAAAAAUAAGAUAUAUAUAUAUAUGUAGUUACAUGUAUCUUUUGUAUACUAAAGAAAAUAAUUCAUUGUA